AUGUUUUCGGGUUUUCAUGUCCUGUUGGAACAGAAAUUCGUGAGAUCGCGAGGUUUGCUUCAAGUGUCAAUUGGUGAUUCGAUUCUGUUUCUAGCAAUGGCUGCAAGGCUUAUUGCUAAUUUGAUUGUUAUGGGCUCUGGAAUAAUGGCUAGAGCAUUUGUUCAAGCAUAUCGUCAGGCACUUGUGAAUGCCUCGAAGAACGGUGUUGCUCAAGAAGCAGCACAACACAUGAAGAGAGGCAGUAAAAUGAUGACCGAUGCAGAAGCUAGGCAAAUCCUUGGCGUCUCUGAGAAUUCAACUUGGGAAGAGAUCUUGAAGAGGUAUGAUAACUUGUUUGAACGGAAUGCAAAAAACGGGAGUUUUUAUCUCCAGUCGAAGGUUCAUAGGGCCAAAGAGUGCCUGGAAACUCUUCACCAGCCAAAAGAACCGGGCACGAGUUGA